AACAAACCGUUUGUCAAUGUUUUUGGUACCGAAUAAAAAAUGGCAAAAACCACGUACGGUAAACGAAAGCCUUGGGUCAAGAAUCUCUAUUCAAACCGCGAGUAUCCGGAUAACUAUACGGAUGUGAGUUUCCUAAAAGACUUGCGCACAAAUCUUCACGUGCGCCUGUACACUUUCGGCGAGGCUGUUGCCGGCAUAACUGUGCUAAACAAUCAAAUCUCGUGCAUAACCGGAUUUCUGAUACUCUACCAUAUGAUGCUGGUCGAAAGUGUCGCACCCACUAGUAUAUUGGUGCCCACGUGCAUCAUUACUGGCAUCGGGUAUUUGUUCUAUCGCGGCAGCAGGCUCAGCAUGAAGCUAUUGGGAGAGGAUUCCAAGACGCUGGUCACGGUGCUGCUCUUUGGCUACAUCUUUUCACCCAUGCUGCACACAUUGACCCAGGCCAUUAGCACGGACACCAUAUAUAUGACGACUUUCUUUAUGAUGCUCUUCAAUCUGAUGUUCUCCGACUACGGCCUAGAUGUGGCCAUGGUCUCCAAGGCCAUAUCGCUGAAUGCGGCCAUAUUCGGCGCCAUCUGUCUGGCCUCGCGACUGUCCACGUCGUAUCACGCCUUUGUUCUGCUCGUCGAGGCGGCGAUCUUCUUUGUGCUGUACCCCAUAAUGAUAGCAGCCACAUGGCACCCGCUGUGCAUGGUGCCCAUAUUUAUCAUAUGCUGCACGGCGCUAUAUAAUAUAUCACGGCCGGUGCUGUAUCUAUAUGCCUGCAGCACGCUCUUCAUCAACUUUGUCUGCCCGUUUAUAUUUGUGAGGCAUCAGCGCCACAAGUUCAACAUUCACGGUCCCUGGGACGAGGCAAUUGUUGAGGAGAACACCGAACAGAAUCUAGACGAGAAUUUAUAGCGCCAGCUACGCUUCUCAGAGAUGCAAUGCAUCGAUGACGGGGAGCACGAGCCAGAGCACUAAACAUAUAUCUUCACGCUUAAUUUAAAUAUUUAUCACACUCAUAGCUGAGUCCACAUUCCAUGUAAAGAGCCUUUCUAAUUAAUGUACAUUUUUUUUUUUAA